AUGGACCGUAUUUACAACUUGAGAAAAUCCAACUCAAAACUCUGCUUUUAAGUUGAUUCUUAUUUUGAUGAUGAAGCUGAAUCAUUAAAGAAUUCAUAGGACAGCGAAGAAUUUAAAUUAAAAAAUAGAAGCAAAUCUUCUAUGAGUAACUCGAAACUACAGAGCUGUCUUAAUUCUCACUAAAGCAGAAGAAAUUACCAAGCUAGAAGUCUUUAAGAAGAUUAGAGGACAAGCUGCCAGAGCACAAGCUUCCCAUCUGAGGAUAUAUCUAAUCCUAGUAUGGCAUCCAUCAAUAAUAAUAAUAAUAAUACAACUGAAAGUAAAAAAAGCAAGAAAUCCAUGAAGAUCUAAGAUAAAUCAGUGGCUUCUCUCUAAAAAUGUCUUAUGAAACACCUUGAAAGAAAUUCCGCUGCAUAAGAACUAUUAGAACACUCUAAAUUUUUCAGCUUGCCCUAGAUUAAUUUACCAGUAAAUUGUUCUUACUUACAAAAGCAAGCAACAAAUCCCAUUUAAGAAAACAAUUUAAUAUCAAUUUUCUCUUCCUUAAAUGAGACUCACUCUCCUCUCUACGCAACAUCUAAUAAAAAUCAAUAAAUUGUGACACUGGCUUUGCGCUAAAACCUGUCUUUUGACUAUCUAUAAAAUUGUCCCAACUACUUCACAUCAUAAACCAGCCCUCAAGUCUUGAAAAAAAUAAUAGGAUUUAAGGAUUUUUCCAAUUCAAUUUAAAUGAAAAACUCUUAAAUAUUUUCUUAGAAGGAUUAAUCCAGCUGCUUGAAGGAAGCAAGUAGCAGUGAUAAAUAAGCAAAUAUUUAAUAGAAGGCUUCAAUAAAUUCAAGGAAGAAAAACAAGGUUUAGUCUAAAUACUCCUAAUCACAGUCAAUUUUGCAAUUGGCAGAGAAUAACAAAUAAAACAGCUUCAUUAUCGUCGAAAACAUAAAAUACCAGUCUUAAGACGACAACUCUGAAAACAAAUAAAUUCAUAUUCACAUAAGUCACUGCUUGCUCAAGUAGUUAGGUUGGGAUAUCUAAGAAUUUGUCGAUCAAGUUUCCUUUUCUGGUCUUCCAGAAAUUGCUUGCACCAAGAAUUAUGAGAGCCUUAUUCACUCAUUGAUGUCACUUUUAACAGAAAAUACAGAACAAUCUUCAUUGUGCGAGAAAUCAGUGGAUACAAAUGAUACCAGUAAUUUCAACUCAGAUAAAGAAACUUUCAAUGCAGAAAUGAGCUUAAUCAGUUGCAAAGGAGAGGCAAUUGCACAACAAUGCGAAGUAUAAAUGUGCGAAAACGGAUCACUUUUCUUUAAAUUUGCAAGACUAGAAGAAUAGCAAGAAGAUAAAUUAAAAAUGUCAAUUAAGCCAAUCAACUAGAAAAGGUAUCUCUCUAAAACUGAAAUAGAUUAUCUCGCUACUCACUUUUUCAAGGAGGAGUCUCUUGGAUACGACGUUAAAAAGGUUUGUAAAUAUAAGGCAAUUUGA